AUGGCGUCGCUGUCCCCGACGGUGGAGCAGCCGCCCCUGGAGGUUCUCCCGUGGCUCAAAACCCUACCCCUGGCCCCGGAGUACCAUCCCACCCUCGCCGAGUUCCAGGAUCCCAUUGCAUAUAUUCACAAGAUAGAGAAGGAGGCCUCCCAGUAUGGUAUCUGCAAGAUCGUGCCCCCUGUUCCCCCUGCCCCCAAGAAGACUGCCAUUGCCAAUCUCAACCGGUCGUUCGCUGCACUUCAGAAAAAUGUCUUUGGGAGCGGCGGCGGAGGUUCCAAUCUGAAGAAGGGAGCUCCAACAUUCACGACGCGGCAGCAGCAGAUUGGUUUCUGCCCUCGGCGGCCGAGACCUGUCCAGAAGCCCGUGUGGCAGAGCGGCGAGCAGUACACUCUCCAGCAGUUUGAGAACAAGGCGAAGCAGUUCGAGAGGGCCCACAUCAAGAGGACCGUUGGCGGGGGUAAUGGUGCCCGGAAAAGUGGUGGUGGCGUCAAUGCUGGGGGUCCUCUCUCGCCACUCGAGGUGGAGACCCUUUUCUGGAAGGCUUGUGCAGACAAGCCCUUCUCGGUGGAGUACGCCAAUGAUAUGCCUGGCUCAGGCUUUGGCCCUCUUCUGGUUGGGAAGAAAUGGAGGGACGGUGAGGUAGGCAGCGUUGGGGAGACAGCAUGGAAUAUGAGGGGGGUGUCAAGGGCGAAGGGAUCACUGCUGAAGUUCAUGAAGGAGGAUAUUCCCGGGGUGACAUCGCCAAUGGUGUAUGUUGCAAUGAUGUUCAGCUGGUUUGCAUGGCAUGUGGAGGACCACGAGCUUCACAGCUUGAACUACCUGCAUAUGGGGGCAGGGAAGACAUGGUAUGGUGUGCCGCGAGAUGCUGGGCUGGCAUUUGAGGACGUCGUUCGUUUGCAUGGUUACGGUGGAGAGGUCAAUCCUCUGGGUGAGUAGUGUGGGUCUCUUUAAUCGUGUCCUUCACCUUGACCGCUAUUGUGUUUUCUUGUUAAAGUAGUGUUCUUGCCUUCGUUUAGAUAGUUCCUGCAUUUUAAUCUUUCCUCGUAAAUUGGAAUGUUCCUCUUGCGUAAUGGAUUCCUGAAAAUAAUUUCUCAGAAAGUUUCCCUUUUCUCUCCAUCAUCUUGUACUUUACAUCAGGAGAGUGGUUCCUCGUAAUUGCACUCCAGAUGGCAAUGGAUGAACAUUUUUUCUGGUUAUCUUGGGUUGCAAUUUGCUUUUUUGUUUUUCAGUUUUCGCUUAGCAGAUGAAGUGUUUGUGCUUUCUUAUGACAGUCACAUUUGCUAUUCUCGGUGAGAAAACGACCGUCAUGUCUCCAGAAGUUCUCAUUGAAGCGGGAAUUCCUUGCUGCAGGUGAUAUCUAGUCAUCUGGCUCCCUUAUUUUCUCAUUCGUGGUGUUAUUUCCUGUUUAUUAUAAUGUUUUCCGUUGCUUCCAAUUACAAUUAUUUCUUGGAUAAUGAAGAUGAAGGACUUGCUUUUUUCCCAAAUAGAUUGGUGCAGAACGCUGGUGAUUUUGUUGUCACCUUUCCAGGAUCAUACCACUCGGGCUUUAGUCUUGGUGAGCUUUUUUUUUGAAUGCCUUUUUUCCCUUUGUCUUUUGACUAGGAAGAAAGGCCAUGGUAGGACUUAUGUUGUAAAUGGAACUGUUAUUAUUUCACAUGAAACUAUUGCUUUUCUUAUGCUUUCUGCUGAUAUGAAAGAGAAACAUCCGGUUUACAAGUUCAUUUCUCUAAAUACGUGCGUUUGAAUAUGGACACCUUUAAAUGAUUUCUGCCUUUAGUUAUUUAACCAAAAGAAUGUACGGAAGAAGAAUAAAAAUGUUUAUUUAGUCUAGAAAUAAAUUUAAAUGUGGCAAUCUCUAUUUUAGCUACAAUUGAAAUGGCAUCAUUUGGUUACUGAAUGCCGAUUCUGGUGUGUGAAUCAGGCUGGUAAAAAUUUCUCUCAUUCAUUUUUCUUUUUUCAGGAAGGAAUUUUUGAGUAUGCUUCUUUCUACUCUUAGUUGAUGCUUUAUUACUUGUCUAAUGCUUGUUAAAAGGGGGAGACAGAACGAAAAUUUGGGGGUUGGCCAACCUUGGCGUUAGCUCUCACAAAACCCUAGCUUCUUUCAACUUCGUAUGUAGAAUUCGCAUUGUGAUCUGCACAUCAGGCAUUGCCCGUGCUUUAUGAGCACAGGUCGAUGGAGGGCUGCAAACCCAUAUGAGUUGAAUGACAAAUCAUGUGGCUCCAAAAAACUGAAAAAAAGGGAAAAAAAUAAUAUUUUAAAACUCUAGACCGUCAUCAAUGUUCUAUGUAAAGCUGACCAUUGGGAAUCAUGCUCUCAAAAUCCUGUUGUACUCCGAUCAGGAUUGUCCAUAAUAGAAUCUCUGUUUUGUUGGAUUUGCAUUUUUAGGCAAAUACUUGGGCGAUUGGGAUAGGAUAAGUGCUUUUCAGCUCAGAAUCGUUACUAAAUUUAACUUCUUUAUGUGGUUCUGUUAAUGCAUCUGAGAGCGAUCUUUCUAUUCUAUUCAUGACAGCACGUCAUAUAUUCUGAUAAGUUGCUCAUGUUCCUGAUUAACAGACAUGAUACUGAUUCACAUGGUAAUAUUCUUAUUCUUAUCCUUGUGAUAUCUAUUUUUAUCGUAAUUGUUAAGGUUGAUAAUUUUUUUUUUGUGUAAAAUCAACAGUUGCAAAUGUUUGACAAAAAAUUGCCGAUUCAUAUUUGGAUCAUUGUGCUCAAUAUUUCUUGUUAUCCAUGGGCCAUGGGGAAUUGCUUCAGUCUCAGGCUGAAAUCUCUCUCCACCACUCAGGAGAAAUGAUUUUGACUUUUUUUUUUUGUAUGUGUGUUCAUAUUCUUUUUUGGCAGGGUUUAACUGUGGUGAGGCAGCUAACAUUGCAACCCCUGAGUGGCUGAGGGUGGCUAAAGAAGCUGCUGUUCGAAGGGCCUCAAUAAAUUAUCCCCCGAUGGUGUCUCAUUAUCAGUUACUUUAUGAACUUGCUUUAUCACUGAGCUCAAGGUAUGUUUUCUCAUCAUCUAAGACAACGUGAUAAAGUGCUACCAUUAUUUGAAAAUUUGAGGUAUGCCAGGUGGAAUAUUCCUGAUCUGGCUUUUCGGUUAGGAAUUGAAGUGGAUGUAAAGUUGCCCGUCUGUCUGUGGUUUCUGUUGGUUUGUAAAAUGAUUCGUUUGAUUGUCUGUUUUGGAGCUUUCACUUGCCCUCCACGAGUAACUAAAUGAUGAUGCAUAUGGACCUUAAUACCGUGAAAAUUCUUCCUAUGACCAGGUAGCAUUAUUACUAGGGUGAAUUACAAUAUAACUUGAUUGUCUAAUGGUGUUCUAGGCUCCAUGCUCACGAGUUCUACCUUCUCUAUCUCUGUUGCCCUGAGCAUGCUAGUGAUAUGCAUAUCGGAUCAUAAAUCAUUUUUAUUUACAUGAAUGUGUUCUGUGGCAUGCAGAUUAUCAUCUUAUUCUUUUGCUGCCUUUGGAGAGAUAUAGUUGUUGUUAUUCUACAAUACAGCAGAGUUACGGUUGCAUAUUCCCCGCAUAUAUUUACUGGUUUUCUAGAAGCUGUUGUAGCAUAUUAGGAAUUUCAGAUAGAUCUAUCAGCUCAAGUUGAAAGUUUGCCUCCAGAUAUAGCGGGGUGACGUGUAAGUUUAUCCUUAGAUAUGAUUCAUGAGGGAAGUUUGAAUCAGAGACAUAGUUGACAUCCUUUCAAUUAUUCCCUUGUGAUGCUAUAUAAAUCCUUUCCUACGAGAUACCCUUACCAUUGCAAAUGAGCGAGAAAAAAUCACAACAAUUCCAUUUGGCUGUUUGGUAAACCGUUUGUUUGGUUGAAUUAAUUAUCAGCUUAUUUCAUCAGGAUGAAUUUUAUUUUAUUGUGCUUUGUAGUCAUUGCAGCCACUGACUGCCAUCUGGAUUUGCCUGGCUCAUAUGGGUCAGCAUGUCUUGGAUUUUUAUGGAUCUUAUUCCUCUUGGGAAGUUGUCGAUUUGAACACUGGAUGCUUAGAUCAUGGUCUCGUUUUAGGUGAGAAGGAUGGAUUGCUAGCGUGGACGAUCUAUAAGAUAUAACUGGAGGACAUGGGUUUUUGUCAUUUGGUUCCAUUAGUAUACUUGGUGAAUUUGGCAUAUCUUAAUCAUGCCCCUUUGCAUGGGCUUGGGGUGCAUAUCCUGUUCUAGAGAGGGUCACAUCCCUAUAAGACGAUGUUACCUGGAGAUCUGGUUGCCUUAAUAAUAAAUUGGCUUGAUUCUCAUGUGGACAUGUACGGAUUUGUAUAAAUUGCUCCAUUUCAGCUCUGGCCAACUUAGUCAAUAAAUCACGAGAUAAAAAAAUGUCUGUAAAUUUCAAAAGCGCACACACACAGAGACAGCUGGAUAUUAUAGAUGAUUUUAUUGACAGAAAUAUAAUAAGUUUCAUAUCUGUCUAAGUUCAAUCUGUCAUGAAAACAUCCAAAUAAAAGAGACGUUCUUAUGAAUGCCAAAGGCAUAUCUAUAAAUGAUUUUACAAAACAACAUUCUUUCAACUCCUCACUCACCUGUCCCGAUUUCUGGAUCUGCAUAGCAUGCCAUUUGAAAGAUUUGGGGCUUAGGAUUUAUUGCGAAGAGGAGAAAGAGAAAGACGUGGUAGAGAGAUGACAACAGUUUAUGGAGGAUAUCAAGAAUGAGAAAUCAAAAGAAAAAGGAGAAUGUACUGGGGUUUCUGCAGGGGUGGCUGUGGGAGUGACCGCUGACACUGUGAAACAGUGGUGCCAAUGGCAGUGGUUCUGAUAUGACAAUAAACAGUGGCAACAAGCAGCAGAAAUAGAGUUGGAUGUUUUUCCUCUCUUGUUCGUUAUUCCUUUUUCUUUUCAUCUUUUUCUUCACCACCUUCAUCAGAAAGGCAGAAAGCGAAAAGUACUCAUAAGAACUUUUAAGUUUAUUGGUCGGCUGAGAGAUCUAAAACACUUGAGCAUUGGAUCCAUGUUGGUCCAGUUUGGCUAAGCUUGCAUCAACAAGGAGUCAUGCACCUUCUACUGUCAGUCAUCCUCUAUCUCUGCGAGCUAGUGUUUGGGAACUUUGUGGUCUGACAGCCCUAAUCAAGUUAUUUUUAGCUUCCAACAUUCAUAUCUAACAGAUAUUACAUCUUCAUUUUGUGCUCGUGUUCCCUUAUAAUGUAUUUUAAAUGUAGCAUCUAUCUAAUUUGUAUUUGAGCUAGAUGUAUUAUUAAAUAAAAAUCAAUCAUCUUUUCCGUGCAGGCUUCAAUAUAUUUCAGUUAUUCUCAUUGCAGGGUUUUCGUGAGUUAAACAUUAUUCUGCUUGCCGCACAAUUUUCAUGUUUCAUUUUUCAUGAUGCAGAUGACUGAUCAAAAUUAAAUCCAAUCACAGUUAAACACAAGUCUUUAUAAUUUUUUUAAUCUUGGCAGUCAUCCUGCAUGAAACAAUGCUCUUGUUUUCUGAUUUAGUUAUCAUAUUAUUGAUUGAGUUACUGCUGUGAGGCCCUUUUGGUGAGAUCACCUUUUUGCCCUUCUAAAGUGCUUGUCACGUUCAUUGCCUUCGUGUUUUUUGGUGUUGUGAAGCUCUUUGACAUUUGAUUUAAUUAUUUAAUGUUGAAUUUUCUAGUGAAACUGUUAGUGACUGUUGUCAUUGCUUUCAUUUUUAUUUUUUUUAUCAUUAGGGACACCACAAAUAACAGUUCUGAGCCACGGAGCUAUCGGUUGAAGGAUAGGAUGAAAAGUGAAGGAGAACAGAUGAUCAAAGAACAAUUUGUUGAAAAUGUUUUGGAAACUAAUUGGAGGCUUCAUGACCUUCUUGACAAGGGUUCAUCAUGCAUUGUUCUUCCACAUAAUGCAUUUGAUAUUUCGUUGGCUCCUUAUUCUCGAGUCAUAUCUCAAAUAAAGGUUAAACCAAGACUGUCACUUAGUUUCUACAACCAAGAAGAAGCACUGAAGGCAUCAAGGAGUUUGUUUCCUUCGGAGGAUACACUUGAAGGAAAUUCAGGUCUCAAAUAUUUGAGUGGUUUCUCUUCAAUAAACGGGAGGUUUAUCUCUUCUGCUGAGGCCAAAAGGUUUCCUGUGGAAAAGUCCAGCAAGACCGAAGUUUCUACUUCGUGCACAACUGCCGACUCUCAGGAAAUUGGGCCUGAGAAGGAGGUUACCCUCAGAAGUGAUGGAUUACUCGAUCAAGGCCUACUUUCAUGCGUGACAUGUGGGAUUUUGAGCUUUACGUGUGUGGCUAUUGUUCAACCCACAGAUGCAGCAGCAAGGUGUCUAAUGUCUGCCGACUGCAGUUCUUUUAAUGAUCUUUAUGUUGGCUCCGGAGAGACAAGCGAUACUGGCAUUCUUGGGAAUGCAAAUGCACACAACUAUAAUUUGCUAGCCCGUCCAGGUUUGCUGCUGGUGCUUUGACCUUUUAAUGCUAUAUCUAGUAUUGAAUUCUGAAUAUUAAUUUACCCAAGUGAAUUUAUCUUAGGCUAUCACAAUUCUUGGAUUUUUAUCCAUUUUAGAUUUCCAAUAAUUAGUGUCUAAGUUGAGUGUAGCUUAAUUUCUUUUACUUUUAGUCUUGGAAAUCAUUUAUACACAAAUAUAUUAUCAGAUUCUUUAGAUGGUUUUUAUUGCAAAUAUUUUAAUAGUCUUUUUUUUUUCUCCAAAUAUAUAUAUAUAUAUAUCUUUGGGAUUUUGAUAAACUCCUAAAGAUAAACCUUCUGUCAUAGUUGUUUAAUGGUUCCAUACUAUCUUUACAAACUAAAUCUAUCUGCAAUUUUGAAUCUAUGAAGUGGUCUGCUAAUUCCUGAUCCUCGGAUUUUGGUCUAUUGACUGAGUUUUUUUCUCUGCUCAUGUCCUGAAUUCAUCUUCAUCUUAUAAAGUGUUGUGGAGUUCGAUCAAAUAACCCCAAAAUCGUCAACUACUUGCUUAAUGGAUCCAAUCAUCUAAUUCCUCUUCUACAAGCUUUCUGAGGCAUGGGAAUAUGAUAUGUUACGAUUUUACUUCGGCUCUCAUUUCUAUUUUUGCUUUUUCCCGAAGAAACAUGGCUCCGAGUCAUUUUUGGUGUCAUUCAACUCUGGUUAGUGGGAUAGCUCCUCUAUCUUUCUUCUCUUUCAGGAAUUUAGUUUUCUUUACGAUGUGCUCUUUAUUUAGCUUUAUGCUUUUAAUAUUUUGCGGUUCCAUUGUACCACAUUAUUUUACACUCAUCUUAAUUUGUUCAAAGACCCUGCAGUAGGAUUCCUGCAGAGGUACUUGCAACAUUGGUAAACCAGCUCCUUAGACUUGUCUUGAUAAAUGUUUGCUUUCUGGUAUCCGGAAAAUCAGCUAACAACCAGUAUGUCAGGUCCUAUGGUAGUAGAGGUUUCUUGACGACUGUGAUAGACAUGAGUGUCCAAGGAAGCAAUUCAAUGACUUCUAUGGAGCUUUUUUCUCUCUGUUUUCUUUUCAUGCGGCAAGGACUAUGCAUUACUCCGUGGAUGUACAAUUCGACGAUAAGCUUUGGGUGGGACCUCGACCCUUCACAAUAAAGCAACAUGUUUAUGUUGCAUGUAGCUUUGGCUUUGGCUUUGGCUCAUCAAGUGAAAACGGCAGUGAAUUAGUGGCCAACUAUUAUUUCACCCCUGUUGGCCAGCAUAUUACUAGGGAUCUGAGUAGUUCCAUUGUUUGUCAUAAUAUAUGGAAGGAUUCUAGCUUUGUUUUCGGCAGCCAAUAUUUUCAGUCACUUUGUUCCAUGUAUACUUUAAAAAGUGAAUAUUUUAUGGUGAAAACUUACAAUUUUCAACUUCAAUUUUGAUGUCAAUUUUUUGUGAUACAGACGCCAAGAAGGAACAAGCGUCAGCUCUUGAUUUAUUAGUUUCCGCAUAUGGGGAUUCAUCUGAUGCUGAGGAGGAAGCGCUUACACCUGAAGCGCCUGUACGCCUAGACGAGAAUGUUUCCAAUAUUCACUCAUCAUCUAGGCCAGAUCAGGAUCCAAGGUAUUCGGAUGGCUCUACUUCGUCACUAGACUCCCACCCAAGUGAAGCAUCAUGUGGGAAAGUGCCAUUUUUCUCUAGGACGGGGACAGAAGGAGGAGAGAGUUCAUGCCAUCCAUCUUCGUGUGCUGUCUCCGGUGAUGAAGGCAUCCCUGAACACUUAGAGCGUGAGGUUGGUUCUAAUAGUGCAUGCCAAAAUGUGAGUGAUUCUGAUGUGGGAUCAUGUCAACAAAAUCCUGCAGUCUCCGCGCGAAAUUCGUGUAAGAAUGCUGAGGGGAUGGAAGAAAACGUUUCAGACAAUUUGAGAGAUUCGACAAGGCCAGUCAUUUCGCCUAAUUCUUUUUGUUCAGCACCCAUGGAAGAGACUAAUGGUAACCUGGAUGGUAUUCAUCAGUUUACUGAAACUGCGAAAAUUCACAUGAGCUGUGAGGACGUGAAGAAAAUAGAACUGAAUUCACCUGGUUAUCCUGCCAAUUCAAGCUUGAGCCCGACCAGAGAAGCGAAUGGAGGCAUUCAACUCAGCAGUUUCAACCCUACUGUACCCUUCCUGCAGAAAUCCGAUAAGGACUCCUCCAGAGGGCACAUAUUUUGUCUUGAGCAUGCGCUGGAUGUAGAAAAACAGCUUCAUAAGAUGGGUGGAUCGCAUCUAAUGCUCGUCUGUCACCCUGGUUAGUUUUUCAAUAACUUUGCUCUUCCGUUUCAUUGGUGUUGCUGUUGUUCUUUCAAUGAUACUGCUUUAUCAGUCCUUCGCUCUACUUUCUAUUCACUGUCGUGGGAAUAGUGUGGUAUUACUUAUGUUUUAUUCUUGCUUUCAACCAGCUCUAUUCUGCUCAGCAUUUCUUCACGGGUGUAGCUGUAAAGCGUAGCAUCUACAGGCUAGUUUAUACAUAAAUGAUUUUUUUUACAGAUAAAGAUAAAAAGUUUAUAUUGCUCGAAUUUCGGGCUGUGAUUUAGCAAUAAAUGACUUUUUUGUUUGUUCAAUCUAGCUAUUCUAUCUGUAUUUCCCUUGCAUUUUUCACCAAUGUGCACUGAUGGACGAUGCCUUUUUGCCGACCCAUCUGUAUGAUCAAACUUUGUGCUCUCCAUCAUAAGUGUCUGCAUAAUAUUUCCAGUGACAUUGUCUUUUCUCUUUAGGGUAUCUUUCUCCUCGGUCAGCUGAAUACCGAUUUGAGCUCCAGCUUAGUCUAGAUUGGUCUAGAUUGAGCAUUCUUGCCUUCUUAAACUGGAGUUCCCAACCAGAUCAAGUAACCUCUCGCCAGUUCCAAUGUCCUCCCAGUUCUUUAUGGUGAUUGAUCUGAUCUACCUCAGGGAGUCCCGUUGCUAGAGGUAGACCAUGUACCUCCCUCCAAGUAUCCUAAAGAUGCUCCUAUUACCCUACUGGCAGCAGGGUAAGGCAUUGAGAAGGGCCAGCUUCUGUGGAUUUUCUUUCCCAGGGUAGGAGAAAAUAGAGCACGCACUCCUGGAAGAUGGGUGGGGCCUCCCCCUAGUUUGUCUUUUGUUAACCCAUGGCCGCAACAGAGAAGAGCCUGCUCACUUUUCAAAGGCAUUCAGGCAGUAAGGACAUGAUAUUUACUGUAGGUAUCUCACCGAGCCCACUCCUCCCUUCUCUAUGUCCACCGCUCCAGGACAAGGCCUUCUGCCCUCAGAACCGUUCUUGGUGUUUUGAAGAGUGGAAGAAUAUACGCAUGAGCCUUGACAACCAUUUGACGCUGCACAGCCUUCAGGGAGAUCAGUUUCACCUCCCAGUCAGUUUUUUUCUUAAUUUUUUUGAUGGCAUUACAUCUACCUCGGCGGCGCUGUUCUUCCCUUCAAAAGGAGGCAAGUCCAGAACCAUUUUUAACGGGUUCAAAGGGUCACCUGGUUUUAUGACCUGCUAGAUUGGAAGGCAGUUCUAGAACCGUUGACUUCAGGUUGAUGUUCUUCUAUCGUUCUGAGAACAUCUCAGUGAGCUGUGUUUGGCGAACUCAGAUAAGUGGGUGUGUUUGCUGCUGAAACUACUGUAUCAUUUUGUGAAUGAGAAGAAAAAAAAAACCCAAGCAUUUUUUGAUCUUUUAUUUUUGGGUUUCAUCUCUGCUACCUCUCAGUGGGUCUUCCAUCCUCUUAUCUAAAAUUGAGUCUUUUAAUUGUUCCAUUUGCGCCUGCAGAUUAUCCCAAGAUUGAGAAUGAAGCGAAAUCCUUGGCAGAGGAGCUGGGAAUGGAGUGUUCUUGGGGGGAGAUUCACUUCAGGGAGGCAGGCAAAGAUGAUCAGCAGAGGAUUUGUGCCGCCAUUGAAGACGAAGAAGCUGUGCCCACAAACAGCGACUGGGCCGUGAAGCUGGGGAUCAACCUCUUCUACAGUGCCAACCUCAGCAAGUCCCCCCUCUACAGCAAGCAGCUGCCGUACAAUCCCAUCAUCUACAAGGCCUUCGGCCGCAGUGCUUCCGGCAGCUCGCCAGGAAGGUCAAGGGUCGAUGGGAAGCGGCGAAGCAAGCAGAAGAGAAUAGUUGUGGCUGGCAAAUGGUGCGGGAAGGUCUGGAUGACCAGCCAGGUCCAUCCCUUCUUGGCGCACAAGAAUGAGAUUCAUGAACAGUACGAGGCGGCAGCGGCGGCGGCGGCGGUGGGGGGAGCCAAGAUUGAGGCCGAUGCUGACUGCUGGAGGGAAGCUCUGUCGGGCAAGAGAGAGCGUCCAGAUGCUGGCAUGGAGGCGGAGAAGAGAAUUGACCACAAGGGGAAGAAGAAGACGAAUUCAUCGAAGAAGCCCGCCUCGAAGAAGCCCAAGUGCCUGCCACCGGCGGAGGCUGCCACAACAGUGGUGGCGGCAGCAGCACAGAGUUUGACUGAUAAUUUUUCAGCACGGCGGCAGCGGUCUGGGCGCCUUCGUCGGCCGAUCUCGAGACCCACCCCGGACCAGGAGGAGCACCACCACUGCGUCGCUGAAGAAGAGAGACCCACCACCGCCAAAUCGGCCGUGGCGGAGAAUAAGAAGAAGAAGACGGUGGCGGCGGCAGCGAAGAAGAAGAAGAAGAAGCAUCCAGAUGCCGCCGAGGACGGUGGCGACUACCCCUGCAACGUGGAGGGCUGCUCCAUGAGCUUCCGGUCGAAGCAGGACCUCGCCGUGCAUAAGCGGAACAUCUGCCCUGUGAAGGGCUGCGGGAAGAAGUUCUUCUCCCACAAGUACCUGGUGCACCACCAGCGCGUCCAUGUCGAUGAUCGGCCUCUCAAGUGCCCCUGGAAGGGCUGCAAGAUGACGUUCAAGUGGGCGUGGGCGAGAACAGAGCACAUCAGAGUUCACACGGGUGCCAGGCCCUACGUCUGCAAGGAGCCAGGCUGCGGCCAGACCUUCCGCUUCGUCUCUGACUUCAGCCGUCACAAGAGGAAGACCGGCCACGUGUCGAGGAAGGGCAGGAGUUGA